ACCAAAACAAAGAUGGCGGAAAUAUUUUGAUAGUUUCUACAACGCCUCUACGUUGUCUCGAAACUGCGGCGCCUGAGUAUCAUCAGUCAGUACCCCUUCUUUGCAGGUAACCUUACUGGUGGGCUGUUUGCAUUACUAACUACAGCCGAUGGACUACCUCCAUGCCAGAAGGUCCUCUAUGUAACCUCCUUGCUCUGUGUGAGUGCCCAGGAACCAUGUGGGAGGGCUCCAGACUGCGCCUGCCGUGCGGGGUCCGUGUACGGUUCCUGUACGACCCUCAGGGCUGGUGCGCUCUCGGAAUCAUCUCCUUCAUCUGGGCGUACAACACCGUGUUCAUCCCCAGCCUCGUCAUCAUGCCCAUGUACCAUGACAACAGGCUGCCGCUGGCAACUCCCGUCUUCUACUUUCUGAUGUCCAGCCUGACAGUGGUGUGUCUGUACCUGUCAGUGACCACCAACCCUGGAACUGUGCCUCUGGACAUCCAGCCAUCCGCUGUUGAGGCUGCUGAUUGGACGGUAUGCAAGGUGUGUCAGAUCAGGAGGCCACCCCGUUCCCACCACUGCAGGAGAUGUCAGCAGUGUGUGCGGAAAAUGGACCAUCACUGUCCAUGGAUUAACAACUGUGUAGGGGAGGAAAACCACUGGCUGUUCAUGCAGCUCCUGUAUUACACCCUAAUACUGGUCUCCCUGAGUAUAGCACUUGCAGCGCUCCAUCUCUACUACUCACCACCCUGCAGCUACUGCAAUCCAGGCAUUUUCCCCUUCAGCUACACCCGCCCCCUCCUCUGGUUCACCUGUGGACAGGGUGUGUUCUUCUUCCCAGCUGCCAUCGGUCUGGUGUUCGGACAGACCUUCAACAUCAUUUUAGACAGAACAACCCUGGAGAAUUUGGCAGACCCUUACUUCAGAUCAGGAGUGCCAAGUCCACGUGCAAUCCACGAGGCCUUCUCAGAUAUCUGUGGGACUAAGAAUGUCUUCUGCUGGCUCUGGCCUCUUAGGAGGAGACGGGCAAUAACUGCACAAGCUGGGUACUCUUACUACAGGCACAUGUAGGGGCUCUGUGGAUGAAAUUAUUCGAUAAUCAGUUAGAUUAUAACGACACAUCUUAGAAGCUCCGAGGAUGUCAUUGUUGCGAGUACUUUUACUACAAGCACAUGUAGGGCAAGUACUAGUAUUUUGAAGCUCCUUGUGUAGGGGCUCUUUGGAAGUUAUAAUAAGCCAUGGCAAAACUGCAC